GGAGAGGUAGGUCUUCACUGUCAUGUCUCACUCUUGAACUAGUUGGACGGUAACGCGUGUUCUGAUAACGCCGUUUAGAUCGGUUUUUGCCGUUCUGUGUUUAACUUCGUUGCGGGUUUGAUUAUAUAAAUCGACUUUAAAUUGUAGCACUGUAGUUGGAUAUUUUAACUUUUCUUAUGAAGCACCGAUGUGUGAAUGGAAAUGGUUUCUUUCCGAGCUUGCGAGUUCCAAGACGAUGAGCUCGACAACGGAAACAAGUAACUUCCCCCGGAGCUGACUGAACAGAAGGACUUUUAUCUUCCGUCUCUACGGUCUACAUGAGACUCCAGGAACUGGAAGAUGUGCUGAACAACGUGUGGAUGUAUGAACCACAACCCAAAGGGCGUCUCGACUCCGGACAUCUGCUUAUUCAAUCUCACAAUAUAUCCACCCAUUAAUGAUAAAUAGUAGUUUAACCGCGUACGCUACUUAACAGCUAAAAUGGACUUCCCCUGGUAUGGUUAUUAUUACCCUGGUGGAGGUCACCCAAUCGGGGCAGGGGAAAAACACAACCCCACCUCAUCGUGUUGAGAAGUUAAAAAAACGUCCCCACUCGGCGGGCCAAGCCGCCUCCCGGGAAUCAUCCGUACAUCCUUCGAGGGCGAGCGGGAAGGCGUGGGUCAGCGGGGCCAUGAGCGGGUCGGCAAACCUCGCGGUGAAGUGCGUGCUGGUGGGGGACACGGCGGUGGGCAAGACGGCCCUGCUGUUGCGCUUCACCUCGGAGGAGUUCCCCGAGGCCUACAAGCCCACGGUGUACGAGAACAUGGGCGUGGACGUGUACAUGGACGGCGUGCCCAUCAGCCUGGGGCUCUGGGACACGGCGGGCGACGACACCUACCAGAACAUCCGGCCCAUGUCCUACCAGCAGGCCGACGUGGUGCUGCUCUGCUUCUCCGUGGCCAACCCCAGCUCCCUGGCCGACGUGCGGCACAAGUGGAUGGCCGAGGUGCGCCACCACCUGCCCUCCGUGCCGGUGGUGGUGGUGGGCCUUCAGACGGACCAGCGCGAGGCCAGCCAGCUGCGGGGGGGAGCCCCGUGCAUCGGCGUGGCCGAGGGCCGCCAGGUGGCCCAGGAGCUGCAGGCCAGGGGCUACUUGGAGUGCUCGGCGUUGGCCGACCGCGGCGUGCAGAAGGUGUUUGAGUGCGCCGUCCGCAUCGCCGUCAAGCAGUCCAGGAGGCAGGCCCGGCGACAGAGGUUCCACGUCGACCAGUGCAAGGUGUUGUGAUGCCGGGCGGACUGGGUCCGCGCAUGGGACGGCACCGCGGCUGUCAAGGGCGCGAGUGACAACGGGCACUAUGACAACGGGAACUAUGACCACGUUGUUUUGUAUCCGGUUGAUCGUCACAAGGUUUUUUUCCAAAGUCGUGACCUCCCAGCGAUGGAGGGGAGAAGAGACAUUAGACAUGUUGACUUUGUGGAACUGAAAUGUGAAGAUGCAAUGAAAACGCCAACGUCCUAUGACUUGGAGAGAUCGAGGCCCGUAACCUGCACUGGAACCGGCAUCGGUUUACACAAACCUGGCGAGGUCUAAACAAAUACCCUCUUGAACCAAUGGGAUAUGGUAGACAUGUCAUGGCUUCGUGACCGUGGCGGUCGACCUCCCAUGCCCUGCCAUCUGACGACCGGAUGGGUGGGAGUUUAGAUAUGUCCGAUGGUUUGCAUACGGUCAGAAUGGAGGAUUCUAGGUUUAUGCUCAUUGGUUGGAGAGGUUCACCUUGAGGGUCUGUAGACUAAUGUCCGACUUUUCCUAAAAUAAAGUAUAAACAACAAACAUUUCUUAUUACAUUGGAGUUAUGUUGAGGUAUUAGCACGGACUAGAUGUGGAUCCUUUUUAUGAAGUGAAACCUUCCGGUAUUUGUUAAAGGUAUGAGGUCAUGGCUUACGAAGAGAUCUUUGGGUUGGCUUAGGUUAAAGUCUGGGGGGCAUUUUUGGGGAAUCCCAGUUGUACUCGGUUGUGGAAAUUGAGUUGAAAUCCAGAACCGAUUUUUCUUUUCGAUUCACAGCUCAGUCUGUGAGCAAGGCAUGUCAGUGGUUAGCCUGCUGUGAAGCCCCUCCUAUUAGUUAUAAUAUAUUAGUUAUAAUAUAUAUUAGUUAUCACACAUCUAAACUUACUAUUGGCCAAGUGUUAGCCCCGUAUGGUAAGACCGUUUGAUGCUAAUACAUCAGACUAGCACGGCCAUUUCUGUGAUUCUCUCCUGGGGACAUCUUUUUAAAAUAGCCUUUUAUCUCAAAUAUAGAGCUUCCAAAUGUGUUUUGAAAUGCACCCAUUUUGAACACUUUUUUUAAUUAAUCCCAACUAUUGACUAAAUGGUCAAAGAUAUUCUCAUUUAGUAUCCCUGUGAGCAUUAUCUCUUUCCCCCUUUUAUAAUUUUUUUUUGUAAAAGGCACACAAAAACAUAUACUAUCAUAUUAGUAUUUGAUUUUAUAUUAAACUACCGGUACUUCUACUGAAAGGCUGUUAAUAUACUUGAAAAGAAAAUUAUCUUUAACUUAUUAAAGAACAAGAUAAUUCUCCAGGUACAUAGAUCAUUUUCAAGUAUUGUAAUCGAGUAUUCCUCAGUGCGGAAAUAAAAUGCUGUAAAUGUAUUAAAAUAUUUCUUCCAGUCCCCUAA